AUGAUCACAAACACUCUCCAUUCCAUCUCAGAUCAAAAUCAACAGAGAUUCAACAUUUCGCAAGAGGGCACACGCGCAGAAAUGGCGUCCUCCUCCCUCUGCGCCCUCCUCCUCGCCGCCUUCGCGUGCCACUGCCAUGCGGCGGCGGCGGCGGCGGCGUACAGGCGGCCCCACGCCAUCGGCGUCAACUACGGGAACCUGGGCGACGACCUCCCCACGGCGGCGCGUUCCGUCAAGCUCCUCCGCAAGGCGCACGCGGGCGCCGUCAAGCUCUACAACGCCGACCAGCGCAUCCUGCACGCCCUGGCCGGGACGGGCAUCCCGGUCUCCGUCAUGGUGCCGAACGACAUCGUCCCCUCUCUGGCCGACUCCCGCGCCGCCGCACGCGAGUGGGUGGACAACAACAUCAAGCGGCACCCCCGGGUGCGGGUGAUGUACCUGCUCGUCGGCAACGAGUUGCUCUCCUACCCCGCCCUCGCGGCGUCCACGUGGGGCAAGAUCGUGCCAGCCAUGAAGAACCUCCGCCACGCGCUCCACGCGAUCGGUCGCGGCCGCGUCAAGCUCGGAACCCCGCUCGCCAUGGACGCGCUGGCGGCGUCCUACCCGCCCUCCGCCGGCGCGUUCCGCGAGGACAUCGCCGGCCCCGUCAUGCGGCCGCUGCUCGACUUCCUCAACCACACCCGUUCCUACUACUUCGUCGACGCGUACCCGUACUUCCCUUGGGCGGCCAACCAGAAGGACAUCUCGCUGGACUACGCGCUUUUCGAGGGCAAUGCGAGCAGCCACUACGUCGACCCGGCCACGCGGCUCACCUACACCAACCUGCUCGACCAAAUGCUCGACGCCUGCAUAGCCGCGAUGGACAAGCUAGGGUACGGCGGCGUGAAGCUGGCCAUCUCGGAGACAGGCUGGCCGAACGCCGGCGACCCAGGCCAGACCGGCGCCAACGUGCGCAACGCCGCGCUCUACAACCGCCACCUCGCCCGUCGGAUGCACAAGAAACUCGGCACGCCAGCGCGACCGAGGUCCAACAUGCCGGUGUUCGUCUUCGCGCUGUACAACGAGGACUUGAAGCCGGGGGCGGGCACUGAGCGGCACUGGGGGAUGUUCUACCCGAACGGUACCUGGGUGUACCAGGUUGACCUCACCGGCAGGCGGACGGUGCGCUCCUACCCGCCGUUGCCGCCGCCGGAUGGCCAGACCGGCAAGCUCGAGUGGUGCGUCCUGGCCGGCGGCGGCAAGCCGUUGAACGAGACGGCGGUGGCCCUCGCCCUGAAUUACGCGUGCGGGCAAGGGACGGGGACGUGCGCCGCCAUCCAGCCCGGCGGUGCGUGCUACGAGCCCAACACCCUCGACGCGCAUGCAAGCUACGCGAUCAAUGCGUACUGGCAGCAGUUCAAGGCGAAGGGAGGCAGUUGUUACUUCAAUGGCCUUGCAGUGAAGACUAACAAAGAUCCAAGUAAGUUCGUCUAAGCAUUCCUGAUUAAUGCUCGGAAAUCUUUACAAAUUUGGUGCUUAGAUAAAUUUGUUUUCCAGUAAUUGUGGUUGUUGUCAUUAUAAUGUGGUGAUAAUUAGCAGCAGUAGUAUUUUUCCAAUAAUACUUGUUAACAGAAAUAUGACCAUAGAUAUGGAGAAAAUAGAUUCUAGCUAGGUGAUGAGUUUAAUAGUUUUUUUAGAAGGAUGAGUUUAAUACUAGUUGGGUAAGUUUGUACAUUAGGCUCGCCA